UGUCAGAAAGUGAGUUCAUUCCCCGGAGCCGAGCAGACCGAGCAGACCGAGCACACCGACCGUUUCUGCCCUUCCGUCGGGAUCUAGCUCCUCGAACCAGCGACACACCGGACGGAGCUUCACCGAGCCCGGCCAUGGACGAGCAGGCGGGGCCCGGAGUGUUCUUCAACAACAACAAUAACUCUGUUUCCCCGGGAGGAGGCAAAGGACCGCUGCCCGACGGGGACGCAGGGGAGGCGGGCAGGGCGCAGUACAGCAUCCCGGGGAUCCUGCACUUCCUGCAGCACGAGUGGGCCCGGUUCGAGGUGGAGCGGGCUCAGUGGGAGGUGGAGCGGGCAGAACUACAGGCCCAGAUCGCCUUCCUGCAGGGCGAGAGGAAAGGCCAGGAGAACUUGAAAAAGGACCUCGUGAGGAGGAUCAAAAUGUUGGAGUACGCGCUGAAGCAAGAGAGAGCAAAAUACCACAAGUUAAAAUAUGGGACGGAGUUAAAUCAAGGGGACAUGAAGCCUCCCAGCUACGACUCUGACGAGGCCAACGAGAACGAGUCCACCGGGUCGCUCAACAAUCAGCUGUCCUGGAAACAAGGACGCCAGCUCCUCAGACAGUACCUGCAGGAGGUCGGCUACACAGACACCAUCUUAGACGUGAAGUCUCAGCGUGUGCGAGCUCUGCUGGGACUCGCCGGAGAUGGAGGCGGGAGGACGGGUGAACGGACCGGUACUGAACCUUUGGUCAACGGGACGGACACGGCAGCGAAGGGCAGCAGAGGGAAAGCUGAGCUGUCAGACAGCAGCGCCGUACUGGAGGCCUUCAAGUUCAUCGAGAAUGCGGCGGCUGAGUUCAGCGAUGAAGACGAGGAGGAUGACAGCGAGGGGAAGGACCGGAUGAACGUUGAAUCCAGGACGAUCCUGAGGAAGAAGCCAGCGUCGUCUUCUUCUCCGUCGCCGGCCAGUAUGGACACCAGUGAGGACCCCGACACAGAGGAGGCGCUGAAGGGGUUCGACUUUCUCUCCAGUCCUGAUGAGAUGGACACCUCACCGGAGUCCAGAGGCAACGGGGACGGGACAGACUGGGAGAAGGACGAGCAAGCUCCCAUAUCUGAGGCCUGGGACGUGGACCCGGGCCUGAUAACCAAACUGAAGGAGCAGUACAAAAAGGAGCGCAAGUUGAAAAAGGGGGUGAAGAGGCCAAACCGGUCCAAGCUGCAGGACAUGCUGGCUAACCUCAGAGACGCAGAGGAUCUGUCUCACAUGCAGCCUCCGUCCCAACCUCAACCCAGGCCCAACGCGGUCCGCUUCAACGAGCACGAGGCCAACAGAACCGAAGAAGUUGAGUCGCUGACUUUCCCGCCCACCUCGGGGAAGUCGUUCAUCAUGGGAUCGGACGAGGCCAUGGAGAGCGAGCUGGGGCUGGGGGAGCUCGCCGGGCUCACCGUGGCCAACGAGGCCGACAGUCUGGCGUACGACAUCGGAAACAACAAAGACGCCAUGAGGAAAACGUGGAACCCCAAGUUCACCCUGCGGAGCCACUUUGACGGCAUCAGAGCUCUGACCUUUCACCCCGUGGAGCCCGUGCUCGUCACCGCAUCAGAGGACCACACGCUGAAGAUGUGGAACCUGCAGAAGACGGCUCCUGCCAAAAAGAGUGCUUCUUUAGAUGUUGAACCCAUCUACACCUUCAGGGCCCACAGGGGGGCAGUCCUGAGCGUGGUGAUGAGCACUUCAGGGGAGCAGUGUUUCAGCGGAGGAGUCGACGGGACCAUACAGUGCUGGAACACCCCCAACCCAAACAUCGACCCCUACGACUCCUACGACUCUUCGAUGCUGCGUGGAGCACUCUGCGGACACACCGACUCAGUGUGGGGUCUGGUUUACAGCAGCGCACACCAGCGCCUCCUCUCCUGCUCUGCAGACGGGACCGUGAGGCUGUGGGACGCCAACACCACCUCCCCCGCCCUCGCCGUGUUCAACGAAGACAAAAACCUGGGAGUUCCCUCCUCAGUGGACCUGGUGUGCAGCGAACCCGCCCACCUCGUCACCUCCUUCACAAACGGACAGAUCGGACUCUUCAACAUGGAGACCCGUCAGCUCGUCCUCAAUCUGGAGUCGAAUCUGGAGCCGGGCACUCCUUGUCAGAUCAAUAAGGUCCUCAGCCACCCAACUCUCCCCAUCACCAUCACGGCUCAGGAGGACAGACACAUCAAGUUCUUUGACAACAACAGCGGGAAGCUGAUUCACUCCAUGGUGGCUCACCUGGACGCCGUCACGAGCUUAGCUGUGGAUCCGAACGGACUCUAUCUCAUGUCGGGCAGUCACGACUGCUCCAUCCGCCUGUGGAACCUGGAGAGUAAAACCUGCAUCCAGGAGUUCACGGCUCACAGGAAGAAGUUCGAGGAGUCGAUCCACGAUGUGGCGUUCCACCCGUCAAAGUGCUACAUCGCCAGCGCCGGGGCAGACGCUCUCGCCAAAGUGUUUGUAUGACGGGGAGCUGCGUCUCUCCCUGCAGCCCCGCCCAAUGACUCCGCCUCCCGCGAUCAGGGACCAAUAGAGACACAGGAGGGGAGGGACCCUCGGGCACGGGUCCAGCCUCACCUUUCACAGCUCACUGGUUUCAUGUCGGACUGGUAGACCAUGUAGCCGUAGCCUCAAACGGGCCAUGAAAGGGUCGGCAGGGGAGGAGGAGAACUGCUCUCAAGUCCCUCAUCUUCCAUCCAGGCAGGCCUGGGUGUGACCCCCCCCCCCCACAGCACCCGCCCAAGAACCCCCAGACUUAAACUCAACCUCCGCCGCGAGGAGGCUCAGGACAAGUGUUAGAGAGUGUGGAGUGGAGAAUGAGAUUUCACACCGGUCUUCUGCCCUGUGACUUCACGCUUAACCCAAAUCCCCCUGACCUCUGACCUCUGACCUCUCCUCUCAGACGCACCGAGUCUGAGUCCUUUUACUCCAAGUCAGGUUUUGUGUUGUGAUGUUCCAGAGAUGUGGGUUACUGAAGGCUCGCUGGAGCUGUCGUGGAGGCCUCUCACUUCUUCUUCUUCUUCUUCUUCUUCUUCAUCAUCUUCUUCUUCUUCUCUGCUUCCCAGACGGACUCUUCUCGCUGGCCUGCCUUUAUUUUCCUUUUGAAAACACGUUUCGACAAAAUGUGCCUUUGCUUUAAAAAGGUCUCGGAAAAAUGUUAUUUUAACAAGCUUUGUUUCUGGGAACAGGGAGGGAGGGGACGGCGACAGAGACGUGGAGCUGGUUAUCACAAUGUUGUCGAUUUUAACAUUGGAUGUAAAAUUACAAAUGCUUAUAAUAAACAAAAUAUAUAUUCAGUCUUAAAAUUUACUGUGCAGCGUGAGUUUGAGUGCUCCUUUUUGAUAAGUGUGGUCGGGGAAUCAACUUUGUGCAUUUCACGGCAAAGCUGGUAGACAGAUACAGACCAUUUAAUAUAACGUCUGUCCAUUAGAGGUAACUGUACACUUCAGAUUACAAACAUAAGUGUCCAAAGUAAACCAUCUUGGUUAUAAGUACAGCUCAGAUUGGUUCUAGAUGUCCAUUUUAGGAAUAACUAACUGAUUUUGGCCAGUUUGCUCUCGUUUGAAUUGAAUGGCUUGUACUGUAUGUAGUUUUCCCCAACCGUGUGGACAUGCUCGACUACAACGUGAUGUAUCAUGUCCGGAUAUUUACAGUAGUCCAGUGUUUAGCAGGAAAUUAGUGCAGUACUGUAGGACUGUUUGAAAUAAUGAGUUAACCAUCACACACUGAAUGAAGAGAAAUGUCCGAGGUAUUCCGGUUUGCUGUAAGCUGUGAGGAGGAAAACAAUCCUGGGUUUCAAAAUCAAUCAAGAUGUUGUACAUGUGGCGUACAGCUUCAAAUGAGCCAUUUUCUCAGUCACUGGUUUGUAUAUGAAAGUAUGUUCAAAUAAAAACCUGCUGUAAAACAAGAA